UAGGGGAGAAUUUUUUAGGGAGGGGAGAAUGUUUUGGCAAAAAGACCGUUAGGCACAUCAGCAAAUGGUGGGCUUCAUCUGUCAUAAUCGUCAUCAAAUGGGCUAAAGCCAUCAACUAGUGUUUUCUGUAAAAGAUUAGACCAAGAAUCAGUGUUUUCGGGCACAAAUUCGUAGAAGAGUCUUUUUUGCAAACCUACGCUUCAAUGUGGUGGUUUUUUGCAAUUCACUCAGCAAAAUGAGUUAAUCUACACUCUAAAACAUGAUUAUAUACAUCCGUACGUGGUCUUUAUUGGAAUCUUUAAAAAGACGUAUAUUUAGGAACGGAGCUAGUAGUAUGAAGCACGCUUUGACGCAUGCAAGAGGAAGAAUUAUAGUUCCAUCCAUUCCAUGCAGUAUGUGUUUGUAACCAUUUGAUCAGUUUGUGUAACUAACUUCAUGUGCUUUGUUCCAGGUAUGCAGACACUAGGAGCUGCCAAUGAUGUCUACGAAUUUGUUAGAAUAUCCAAAUCUCCUCAUUCUCAUGACCUUAUAUAUAAACUGGGAAUGUCUGAUUUGUGUGCUGUUUGUGCAGGUCAAGUCCAUUGGGAGGUUCAAGGAGACCAAGCGCACGGAUGGCAUCUCGACAUCGGACAUCAUCAAGAGGAUCUUGAAGGACUACAACCAGUACAUCAUGCGGAAUCUCACCUGGGGUUACUCCCGAAAAGACCUCGGUGUGAGCUAUGUCAAGGAGAAGCAAUUGAGAGUGAACAUGGGCAUUACCAAGCUAAAAGAGAAGGUCAAGGAGCAUCAAGAGAAGUUUCACAGCGCCGCAAAGAUAGCUGGGAAGCAAUCCUGUGGAGUGUAUGGAGAAUACUGACCGUUGGAUCGUCGGGUUUCUUGAGAAGUUUGAGGAAGGUUGCCACAUGAUGGAAACUGCGAUUAAAGAUCGAAUUCAGGAGGGGCUCAACCGCUCAAGAGGCAAGCCAAGUCGGAGUCAAACCUUUCUGGAUCAGACUCAGAUUCACGAAGAUGUUUUGCAUUCCUGUAGUGUGUAGUACAAUGAGAUUAGAAUGCUGUUAUAGCCUUGUCGGAGAUCUAUUUAGAGUAGGGGAUUGUGUACUAUUUAGAACAAAAAUAUUUCAGGUGAUUGAUUAAUCUUGUUCGAUACACAGUUGCUCAUUUUGGACCUUACAUCCUAGAUGAAUUGCUCGGAUAA